UGCACCCUUACUUGCAAUCAAAGCUCUAAAACAACAAAAACAUAUAGACCUCACUAAAGCCCCCAACAAAGGUUUCUCUCUAUAUAUUUAUUUAUUUCUCUUUCCCUUUUCUCCUUCUGUCGCCCACAAAACCAUAAUACUAUUAUUUUCUUUAUACUACUAUUACAUCUUCAAGCUUACCUUCUCUUCACACAAAGAAAGAAACUAACUAGCCAGAUAGACAGAUACACAGAUAAGAGAAAACUAUGUGCAACCCAAAGCCUUCUUCUCCAUCCUCCUUUGUCUCCACUGAAAAAGUCCAUUUUGUGAACUCACACAAACCAAUGGAUUUUCAAGUUGAUGAUGAAGAAGAACUACUUCAUAGAUGGCCAACCCCAACUGAGGCUUUUGAAGAAAUCAAAGAAAUAGGGAAGAUUGCAGGACCAACAGUACUCACAGGGCUGGUACUCUAUUCAAGAUCCAUGAUCUCCAUGCUAUUUCUUGGAUAUUUAGGUGAACUUGAGCUAGCUGGAGGCUCUCUUUCUAUAGGCUUUGCUAAUAUCACUGGCUACUCUGUAAUCUCUGGCUUGGCUAUGGGAAUGGAACCAAUUUGUGGACAAGCUUAUGGUGCUAAACAAAUGAAACUUCUUGGAAUAACCCUUCAAAGAACAGUCCUUCUCCUCCUUUCCACUUCAAUCCCUAUCUCUUUCAUGUGGCUAAACAUGAAAAGAAUCCUUUUAUGGUGUGGCCAAGAUGAAGAUAUUUCAACUAUGGCCCAUACUUUCAUUGUCUUUGCAAUCCCUGACCUUUUUUUCCUCUCUUUGCUACAUCCCCUGAGGAUUUACCUAAGGACACAAAAUAUUACAUUGCCCUUAACUUAUUGUUCUCUUAUUUCAGUACUUCUUCAUGUCCCACUCAACUUCCUCCUCGUGCGAUAUUUUAAUUUGGGCAUUGCUGGCGUCGCGCUAGCAAUGGUGUGGACAAAUUUGAACCUUUUCCUUUUACUCUGCUCAUUUAUUUACUUUUCCGGUGUAUAUAAAGAUUCUUGGGUUGUUCCUAGCAUGGAUUGUGUUCGUGGUUGGUCCUCUUUAUUGGCUUUAGCAAUUCCCACGUGUGUCUCCGUUUGCCUCGAGUGGUGGUGGUAUGAAUUUAUGAUAUUGUUAUGUGGGCUUUUGGCAAAUCCCAAAGCUACAAUUGCUUCUAUGGGGAUUCUCAUCCAAACAACUUCUUUAGUAUACGUCUUCCCAUCUUCCCUAAGCCUUGGUGUCUCGACUCGUGUUGGGAAUGAGCUUGGCGCGAACCGGCCUGCUAGGGCCCGAAUUUCGAUGAUCGUGUCGCUUUUUUGUGCCGUGGCAUUGGGUUUAGGGGCAAUGUUGUUUACAACUUUGAUGAGGCACAAAUGGGGUUCUUUUUUCACUAAUGAUGUGGAGAUUCUUAAGUUAACUUCAAUUGCAUUGCCUAUUGUAGGGCUUUGUGAGUUGGGAAAUUGUCCACAAACCACAGGUUGUGGGGUGCUGAGAGGAAGUGCAAGGCCUACAAUUGGUGCAAAUAUUAAUUUGGGCUCAUUUUAUUUAGUGGGAAUGCCAGUAGCUAUGCUUCUUGGAUUUAUAUUUAAAAAGGGGUUUGCUGGAUUAUGGAUUGGGUUGCUUGCAGCACAGGCCUCAUGUGCAAUUCUCAUGCUAUAUGUGUUGUGCAAAACUGAUUGGAAAGUUCAAGUGGAAAGAUCAAAACAACUAACACAAUCAACUUCUUCUUGUGCUGCUUCUUUGCCAGUGACAAUGCCUAAGAAAAAGAGGGCAAACAAUAAUAAUCUUGAAGAGAUGUUGUGCAAUAAAGAGGAAGAUGAUUUGAUGAAAUCAGCAGCUCCUUCACUUGACACAGACCCUCUCCUACCUUCCACUACUACUUAAUUAAUUCAGAGAUUAUUGUGCAUUGAUUGGAUCAACUCUCCAUUUUUUUUCCUUUUUGUUGUUUCUUUUUUGGUCCCUCAAAUACCCUUUAACGGGUUGAUGUGAAAAAUUGUUCAUUGGGAUUUUUAAUACUAAUCAUGUUAACAUUUGAAAA